AUGAAGUUCAGCCACUUCCUUGCCGUCUGCCUCAUCCUCUGCCUGGUGGGCAUGGCCAGCUCGGAAAAGACCUCAGCCAAGCUCAACCAAGAGGCUCCCCAGGAGAUGUCCCAAACUCUCCCUGCCCUGUGCCAGCUCCCCCCAGUGAGGGGCCCCUGCAAAGGCUAUUUCCACCCAUACUUCUACAAUUCAACGUCCAAUGAGUGUGAGCACUUUAUCUACGGUGGUUGUCAGGGCAAUGCCAACAAUUUUGAGACCAUAGAGAUCUGCUUGUGGGUCUGCAGACCCCCUGGUGAGUAA